AUGGCAGAUGUUGUAUUGGGAAGACAAAUACAACUCGCCGUUGAUACUAUAAGUGAGGCUAUAGAUGGCGCUGAUGGUUUUCAGAACACACACCAACCUCAGCAUUAUGAGUCAGCAAAAUUUAGUAUUGAACAGGUCGUGUUUAUUUUGGAAAAGAUACGAAUCAUGUGGGAAUCGAUACUGACAAGAUCAACUUACAGGAAAAGUAUGUGUCAUGUCCUUGGGUCUGUCUUCUCUAGAAUUACAAGGGAUAUGCUUCUAAUAGAUGACAUGGCAGCAGAAGAGACAUUGCAGCUGCAAGGCCUUAUCCAUUUGGCUCUCGAAAAUCUCUCUUCACUAUUUCUUUCCCUGGUUGAGAAUGAUGAUGGCAGCACAAAGUUCUUAGACCAUGACACUUGGACUCAAUUGGAUGGAAUUCUACCAUCUUUGAAAAAGUUCCGCAAGCUAGCAGAGUUGCUUGAUAUGUCAUUGAAGUCCAUCACAGCAUGUUGGGAAAGUGGAGACCUAGUUACAUGUGGUUUCACAUCAUCUGAGGUGCAAAAUUUGAUCAAAGCAAUAUUCGUUGACUAG